AUGGCUCCUAAAAAAAUUACCAAAAUUGCUGAAUAUAAUGAUUUAUCACCUGAUUUUGACUAUAUAACCCUUCAUUGGAUCCUAUCAUUGGAUACUUUGGGUGUAUUAAAAUUUCUUGCUUUCCAUGGUUUAAUUAAAAAUGAAAUGAAUUGUGAAACAUGUCUAGAUUGUAUGGGAUUGAAUAAGAAAAAGGAUGAUUUUGUUUGGUAUUGUAUUUUUAAACUGUUAUAG